UGACCGUCGGGAGUAUAUGAGCCUGGCAGCAGUGCCUCGCUUCUCCAGGCCGUCCUGGGACCUGCAGAGUCCGUCUCCUGGAGGUAAGGACAGCCCAGAGCAGCGCUCCUUCAGGGACAGACAGAAGUAUUUUGAGAUUGACGUGAAGCAGCAGACACCAGAGAAACCCAAACCUCGGGUGUCUCUCGUUGGAGAAGAUGACCUCAAGAAAAUGAGGGAGGAAGAAGAGAGAAAGUUUGAGCAGCGGGCGCGCGAGUAUCUGCUGGAUGAAGACGAUGAAGAUGAAGAGGAGGAUCUGGCAAAGCAGGUGGCACAGAUGAAGGCAACCGGCAAAGUGUUGCUGGACGGGGUGGAGUACAACGUGGAGCCAAUAAACUCGCCAUCACAGCACUGCGCCACGCCACCGAGCUACAACGUCACACCGCCGAGCUACUGUGGCAGCUCUGGGUAAGACUUUUUAGGGCCCGAACACUGAACGGUGCAAGGACCCUCUUGAAAUGCAAGGAACUGGUAUUAUGAUUUUUAUCCCUAUAAAUUGCAUUUUUGGAUGGCUAAACAUGCCCAAAAAAUCAUGAAACUUCCGACGUCCGACGUGGGCAAAAAUGUCAUGUUUUGGUGGUAACAGGUAUGGCAAUAUGGCUCCGCAUCAACGAAAUUUGGUACACUCAUGAAUCAUGUCCAGAUUAACAAAAAAGCCUCUUGGACCCAUCCCCCAACCCAACAGGAAGUUGACCACUUUGAAAUUUGUGCUCUUAUUUCUGGCCUCGUACUUUUAUGAACUUAUCCUACAGGAUUAAUCCGAACGACUUUAAAUUUGGUGUGUCCAAUCUUAACCCCUUGGUGAUGAAAAGUUAUCAGCUCAAAAGUCUUUCACAUGUACAGCGUCAUAAAUAACAGGAUAUUGGUUAUUGACAGUCUUCUGGUGAUAUUGGCAUGGUUGUUGCAAAAUGGGUCAUUUUAAGCGAGUGGAAGUCAAUAUCUGCCUCCCUGCUUCAAAAAGUGGCUUAAUGACAUGGUUUCUUGUUUUCAUCUUGAGCAGAUUCGGGACACUCUGUCAGACUCUUUCGCCAAGUUUAAUAAGAUUUGGGGUCCUUUCAUAGAACAUAUCAGGAGGGAGAGAUCACAAUUUGGGAACUUAUUGUCCUGCUCAGUCGUACUGUACUGUUUGUACUGAACUUUGCUAUCCUAGCUUGCACGGGGCCUACCUUGAUCCCAUGCACAUCCAUGUACAUUUUAUCUUCUUUUGUCUGA